CCUUAAAGUGUGCUAAAAAUUUUAAUAAAAAAUUUGAGUUUAUGCGAAAAAAAAAAAUAAAAAGUUUGGAAGAAAAGCUAAAUUAUUGUUUGCAAUAUUGAAAUAAGAGAAAUAAAUUAACUUGUGGGAGCCUAAUUACCGUUACGCAAUAGUUCACUUGUCUGCUCUUCAAUAUUGACGAGCCAAAAAAUGCUGUUGCGUUUAGUGUCGACAUUGCUUGGCGUGGUGGUCUUAACGGUACUGAUUGGUUACUUACCCAACACAGAGGCUGCCUCGACUCAACGACCUUACGAGUUUGGUUUCUCAAUCGAGAAGCAGCAACAUCGUCAUGAGAAAAAAGAUGAGCGUGGCAUCGUUAUGGGCGAAUUUGGUUUCAUAACCGCUGACGGCAUUUAUCACGUGACAGUCUAUGCAACUGAUGAAGAGGGAAAAUUUCGCAUAUUAGCUAUGCGCAGUUAUCCCUAUGAGGAGAAUCCAAAGACAAUCGAAAUGGUGGUGCGGCCGAAGGCUAAGCCGACUACACCAAAAGCCAUCGCUCCACCUUCACCUGGCACGACAACGGAGCGCGCCAAACCGAAACCUUUCGAAAAACACAAUUUCAGUGUACAAGGUUGUUCCGGCUGUUUUAUUAAAAAUAACGCACCAACAACAACAAAAAAACCAGAAGAUAAAAAAUAUGACAUAAGUCUCCUAUCAAAGCCGCUCGCACCAGAAGGAACACCUGUUAUUGAUUCUGCACCACCUGGUACCACUUUAAAUGUCGGAAAAGCAAAGACCUCAACCACCGGCGCAUAUGCACCACAAGCACCCGGUAAAACCGGCACAAACGCAGUUCCCAAAGCUCCGAGCAAUCAACCCUCUGUCGGCGUUAAGGGUUCAACCAGUAACAUUUCAACCCCUAAUACUCAAAUUACGGUUCCGGCGAUCAAUGCUGGCAACACUGGCGGCGCAAGUACAGGUAUCGGUGGUGCUAGUGGUGGAAGUAGCGGCUUUGGUGGAACCAAUAACUUUGACGGAAAUAGUGGAAGCGGCGCAGCAAAAGGGGCUGUAGGCAGUAAAGCAGGUAGUGUUGCUGGUUCUGGCAGAGGUGCGCCUGGCAGUAAAGCAGGCAACGCUGAAGGUUUUGCUGGCGGUUCUCCUGGAAAUCAAGCUGGCAACGCCGCAGGCUUUGUUGGCGGUUCACCUGGUAGUAAAGCUGCAGGAUUUGGCGGCGGCUCGGCUGGUGGUAAAACUGGCAACGCUGCAGGCUUUGUUAGUGGUCUCGCUGGCAGUAAAUCUGCCGUGGGCGAAGCGGGGGAUUUGUACCGCUUCAAGUAUCUGCUUGACUACAAUGGUCACCGGGAAACCGGCUCGCAUAAUGGCAAUAAGGAAGGGAGCUUCUACGCCAUUGGCGAUGACAAUGUGGAACGCACCAUUGAGUAUAUCGCGAAUGAAUUCGGCUACCAGCCGCGUGUGCGUUUCCGUAAAUUGGACGCACCUGUGCUAGCGAAUGAAAAUACGCUGAAAGAUUAUGAGUUUGUGUGGUUCAAAAAGGCAUAAGCGCCAUAACGAUGAUUUCGCUAAAUAAUUUAUAAUUACAUGUUUUUGUUUAAUUUAUUUAUGCUGAAGUUGCUGUUGCAGCAGCGAUCGUAUGAGCGGAGUGGCACCAGAAAGAGAGUACUCAAUAAAUUUAAUGAAAAAGAUAGCGUAUUUCGAA